AUGCUGAGCCCGCGCUUGAUCCGCCCGGCAACCAGCUCCCUGGUGCGGCCGUUCAGCUCCUCUGUCGCGGCCUACCGCGCCCCUUCCAUCAGAGACCUCACAGCCGACUCGGCCGAGGACUUCAAUCGUCGACAGAAAGAGUUUCGCGAGAACCUCGAGGAGGCUCGCAAGAGAAAGGAACUGCAAGAGAGUCAGUCUUUCGCUGCUUCUGCUUCUGCCCCCUCAUCCUCCUCCUCUUCCAUUUCCCGUGAGUCUGCUCCCACUGCUCCGCAUGUGAGCAAUGCGAGCACUUAUGAACGAGUUCGCCCUGCCUAUGAUGCAGCUGAGACUCUUGACCAUACGGCAUUGGGCUCACUUGCGAUGCACCGUUAUCUAGGAGAAGAACAAACCGCGGAGUCUGGAUCGAAACGAGGCCCUUUGUCCUCGCUGAUUUACGGCACCAAGGAAGGUCAACAUUUCGACAAGGACAUCGAGCGCUCUUUCUCGCAGGUGCUUGCUCGCGGCAAGUACGUCCACUCCAUCGUGUUCCAUGAAGUCAAGCCCGACAAGGUCGACGAGUAUGUGGAGCUGGUGGGCCAGUGGUACCCCCGCAUGGCGGGCACCGAGGAAAACCGGGUCAACCUGGUGGGCAGUUGGCGCACGCAAGUGGGCGACAACGACACCUUUGUUCACAUCUGGGAAUACCAGCGGUACGAAGGCUAUCAUGCGUCCCUGCACAACAUUGCCAGUCACCCCGAGUUCCCCGCGUUCGACCGCAAGCUCAAGAGCUUGAUCAAGAGCAAGAAGACUUCCCUGAUGCAAGAGUUCUCGUUCUGGCCUACGACUCCACCCCGCAAGCUGGGUGGCUUGUUUGAGCUUCGAUCGUACACUCUGCACCCAGGUAAUCUUCUGGAAUGGGAGACGCACUGGCGUCGCGGUCUGCACGCCCGUCGCGAGGUUAUGGAAGGAGUGGGCGCCUGGUUCGUGCAGAUUGGCGACUUGAACACAGUCCACCACCUGUGGCAGUUUGCAAACCUGGAAGAGCGCAAGAUUCGCCGGGAGCAGUCAUGGGGAGUGGAAGGGUGGGCCGAGACGGUGCACAAGACGGUUCCUCUCAUUCAAAGCAUGCAGAGUCGAAUCCUAGUUCCAAUGCCCUGGAGCCCCGUUGGUUAA